UGUUCAGCCAUUUCAGGGGCUGGAGCGGCGCCGCGAGGAGCUGUGCAGGGAGAGGUCGGGCCGCCCCCUCGCCACUCCCCUGCCGCCGGGCUCUGGGAUGGUGUGGGCUCCUGGCAGUGUGGGACGCACCGGGGAAAGGCGGACGGCGGCGCCGGCGGCCCCGAGGCGGCCCGGGCGGGCGGAGCCGUGCCCGGCGCUAGGACCCAGCAGGACGCAAGGCGGCUCUUCGGGCCGGAUCACAAAUUCGUCGUGACUCAGUCUCUGCUCGGCGCGGAGGCAGCGGGAGCAGACAGCCAAGAUGGAGUACGAGUGGAAGCCUGACGAGCAGGGGCUCCAGCAGAUCCUGCAGCUUCUCAAGGAGUCCCAGUCCCCGGACACCACCACGCAGAGAGCCGUGCAACAAAAACUAGAACAACUUAAUCAGUAUCCAGAUUUCAACAACUACCUGAUUUUUGUUCUUACAAAGUUGAAGUCUGAAGAUGAGCCAACACGUUCUUUGAGUGGUCUUAUCUUGAAGAAUAAUGUAAAAGCGCAUUUUCACAACUUUCCAAAUGGGGUAACUGACUUCAUUAAAAGUGAAUGUCUGAACAACAUUGGUGAUUCCUCCCCCUUAAUUAGAGCUACUGUAGGCAUUCUGAUAACAACCAUUGCCUCAAAAGGGGAGUUACAGAAUUGGCCUGAACUCUUGCCAAAGCUUUGCAGCCUGUUGGAUUCUGAAGAUUACAAUACCUGUGAGGGCGCUUUUGGUGCUCUUCAGAAGAUAUGUGAAGAUUCUGCUGAAAUUUUAGAUAGUGAUGUGUUGGACCGGCCACUCAAUAUCAUGAUACCUAAAUUCUUGCAGUUCUUCAAGCACAGCAGUCCAAAAAUACGUUCUCAUGCAGUGGCAUGCGUCAAUCAAUUUAUCAUCAGCAGAACUCAAGCUCUUAUGUUGCACAUAGAUUCUUUUAUUGAGAAUCUUUUUGCGCUGGCUGGUGAUGAGGAACCUGAAGUACGCAAAAAUGUUUGCCGUGCUCUGGUAAUGUUGCUGGAAGUUCGGAUGGAUCGCCUGCUUCCUCAUAUGAUUAGUAUAGUUGAGUACAUGCUUCAAAGGACCCAGGACCAAGAUGAAAAUGUGGCUUUGGAGGCAUGUGAAUUUUGGCUCACUUUGGCUGAACAGCCGAUUUGUAAAGAGGUAUUAUGUCGGCAUCUUACUAAGCUGAUACCUGUGCUGGUAAAUGGUAUGAAAUAUUCAGAGAUUGAUAUUAUUCUGUUGAAGGGGGAUGUUGAAGAAGACGAAGCUAUUCCAGAUAGUGAACAGGAUAUAAGGCCUCGUUUUCAUCGGUCGAAGACAGUGGCUCAGCAACAUGAAGAAGAUGGUAUUGAAGAUGAUGACGAUGAUGAUGAUGAACUUGAUGAUGAUGAUACUAUUUCUGACUGGAAUUUAAGGAAAUGUUCUGCUGCUGCUCUAGAUGUCCUAGCUAAUGUAUUUCGUGAUGAGCUUCUGCCACACAUCUUGCCACUGUUGAAGGAAUUGCUCUUCCACCCUGAGUGGGUAGUGAAAGAAUCUGGUAUCCUUGUUCUUGGUGCAAUUGCUGAAGGCUGCAUGCAGGGUAUGAUUCCAUAUCUUCCAGAGCUAAUCCCUCACCUUAUUCAGUGCCUCUCUGACAAAAAGGCUCUUGUGCGCUCCAUUACAUGCUGGACUCUUAGUCGCUAUGCACACUGGGUAGUUAGUCAACCCCCAGACACAUACUUGAAGCCAUUAAUGACUGAGUUGCUAAAGCGUAUCUUGGAUAGCAACAAGAGAGUACAAGAAGCUGCCUGCAGUGCCUUUGCUACUCUAGAAGAGGAGGCUUGUACAGAGCUUGUUCCUUACCUUGCAUAUAUACUUGACACUUUGGUCUUCGCAUUUAGUAAAUACCAGCAUAAAAACCUGCUCAUUCUUUAUGAUGCUAUAGGAACCCUUGCAGAUUCUGUAGGUCAUCAUCUAAAUAAACCAGAAUAUAUUCAGAUGCUAAUGCCUCCAUUAAUCCAGAAGUGGAACAUGCUGAAGGAUGAAGAUAAAGAUCUCUUCCCUUUAUUAGAGUGCCUGUCGUCAGUUGCUACUGCCUUGCAAUCUGGCUUUCUUCCAUACUGUGAACCUGUGUACCAGCGUUGUGUAAAUUUGGUGCAGAAGACACUUGCACAAGCCAUGUUGCAUAAUGCUCAGCCAGACCAAUAUGAGGCUCCAGAUAAAGAUUUCAUGAUUGUGGCUCUUGAUUUACUCAGUGGUUUAGCUGAAGGACUUGGAGGCAACAUUGAACAGCUAGUGGCUCGCAGCAAUAUCCUGACACUAAUGUAUCAGUGCAUGCAGGACAAAAUGCCUGAGGUACGGCAGAGUUCUUUUGCAUUGUUAGGUGAUCUGACAAAGGCAUGUUUUCAGCAUGUUAAACCUUGCAUCGCUGAUUUCAUGCCAAUUUUGGGAACCAACCUAAACCCUGAAUUCAUUUCUGUGUGUAACAAUGCCACCUGGGCAAUUGGAGAAAUCUCUAUCCAGAUGGGUAUAGAAAUGCAGCCUUAUAUUCCAAUGGUCUUGCACCAGCUUGUAGAAAUAAUUAACAGACCCAACACACCAAAGACGUUGUUAGAGAACACAGCAAUAACAAUUGGUCGUCUUGGUUACGUUUGUCCUCAAGAGGUGGCCCCCAUGCUACAGCAGUUUAUAAGACCCUGGUGCACCUCUCUGCGAAACAUAAGAGACAAUGAGGAAAAGGAUUCAGCAUUCCGUGGGAUAUGUACCAUGAUUACGGUCAACCCCAGUGGAGUAGUCCAAGACUUUAUUUUUUUUUGUGAUGCUGUUGCAUCAUGGAUUAGCCCAAAAGAUGAUCUUCGAGACAUGUUCUGUAAGAUUCUUCAUGGAUUUAAAAAUCAAGUUGGGGAUGAGAAUUGGAGGCGUUUCUCUGACCAGUUUCCUCUUCCCUUAAAAGAGCGCCUUGCAGCUUACUAUGGAGUUUAACCUCAUGCACUGUAGCUGCAGUCCCAUAAUUAGAGGUCCUUCAGUCUGGGAGACUAUGAGGGAGCCUCUGCACCCAGGGAAAAUGUUACCCUUUACUGGGGGGAAGGGUAAACCAGUAGGGAAUACAGUACAAUCCCAACCCUACUGGGAGGGGCGGGAGGGAGGUGUUGCCGUCACUGUAUUAAGUCGAUGUUGGGAAAUGUUUUAACAUCUGGAGCCUUUGUGGGUGGAAAUCUGUCUCCUAUUACACCUCUGCACUGGAUGUGAAGAAGAAAAAAAAAAAAGAAUCUAGUCACAAAACAGCACAUUCUGGAAUAUUGUGGGGAUUUAUACCAAAAUAAGAAACCAUAUAAUUGAACCAUAGGGAUACGUAAAGAGGAAAAAUAUUUUGCGCACAAUAAAGGAAACCUAAGAAUGGGGGUCACAAACAGUAAAAGGCUUUCUUUUUUGUUUUCUGUUUUUUUAAGUAAGGGUUUUCUACAUUAUUUCAUCCUGCUUGGUGGGAUUCCUAGGUAUUUGCAUGUUAAUGAAGAACUACACAAACGAAGUUAGUACAGUUAAAAUGCAGUUUGUGUCUGUAUUAGGAACAGGCACUUGCAGUGUACAGUAUAGAAACCCCAUCGUAAAAUAAUAAAGGUUAACUUGGACAAAAUGAAGCAACCUUCAAGCUGCCAAAUAAGUCACUCCUUUCAUUUUUGGGGUAAAGGAGAGGGACACUGCAAAGGAAAGAUUGACAUCUUAAUUUUUACAUUAAGAAAAACAACCAAGGUAGUGGAUAUGAUUUUAUUAUUGUACUUUGUUAGUUUUGAUUUCUAGAGUAAGGCAUUAUCUUAACUUGCAGUUUUAAGGUUCAGGCAUGCGUUCUGGCUCAUAGUGAUCAGAAGUAAUUUUAAUUAGUGGGAAGUAGCAUGCUUGCAUCACAUAGAGUGAAAUUGGUAUACAUUUUACCUAUGUUGCGCCAGUUUUGUGUUGCAGUUUACCAAUUCAAUAUAACCCUGCAUUUUAAAUUCCUUUCUAAGAUUCAGUGGAAUUUAUUUUUAUUAAGAAUAUAGAUAUAAAGUACUGUAGUUAACAAUUAGGCCUUGAAAUACCUUUUUAGGAUCUGUUAAGAAUAAGAUUGAUAUUGUAUUGUGUGUAACCUGCACAAUGUGGAAAGCUGAUAUAGCUGUGCAAAAUAUUUGCCUCUGUGCUGUCAGUGUGAUGUGCUUUCUGCAUGGUUAUAUACUAGUGAUUUUAUCAGAAUCUCUAAAAUGAGUUACAUGGUAAGACCCGUUAAAGGCUGCAUAAAUGUUAGUUGGCACGUAAAGACAAUUGUAGAAGUUGAUGACAAGAUUGCUAUAUUUGUGUUUAUUCCCACUCAACGUAUUACCUUCUACGCUUUCUUUUUGUUCAAAGCAUGAUCUUAAAGAGAUGUUUAAGUUAAUGGAUGUAAUGCAGGGUAUCUACACUGUAUUGGCGCAUGUUGGUGGCCCUUUGUGAUGUAGUUAAAUGCACAAGGGUGCAAGUUUAAAGCUACAGAGUGAAAGUUGGUUUGGAUCCUCUUCAUUUCAUUUGUUUAGCUUUUCUGUUGUGUUUUUUUUUUCUCUACUUACAUGUAUUCCUGUGAAUAAAUCCUUGUUAAGUUAACGCUUUA